AUGAAGCACCUCCCCACGGAAUUAAUUAUAGAAAUAUUCAAGUACAUCGAAAUUCCUAUUUCGCUUAUUCUUGUAAAUAAAGAAUUUUGUCGAAUUUGUACCAGUGCUGCAGCAAAGUCUGUAUGGGCUUUGACUAAAUUUGGAAGGAUCCAUGUACUAUUCUUUUCAGUUUUACUGGGGAAAACAUUUAUUACAGUUGAUGUUAAAUUAGGUAUAGGAUAUGAACAGUUAAACAAGAUUAAUCCCCGAUUGAUUUACACUUCAAUUACUGGAUAUGGUCAAACAGGUCCUUAUGCAAACCGUGCUGGAUACGAUGUGAUAAUUGAAGCAGAAGCAGGUUUGAUGCAUAUAACUGGUGAAGAGAAUGGUCAACCAGUCAAAGUUGGAGUUGCUAUCACAGAUAUAACUACAGGUUUAUAUGCACAUGGAGCAAUCAUGGCAGCACUUCUUUUAAGACAACCAAACCAAGAAGCAAAGCGUUUGGGUACCUCGCACCCAUCAAUAGUCCCAUAUCAAGUAUUUCAAACAAAAGAUGAUUUUAUAAUGAUUGGAACUGGAAAUGAAAAACAAUUUAAAAUUUUAUGUGAAUCAAUUGAUAAAGUUGAAUUGAUGCAUGAUGAAAGAUUCAAAACCAAUUCUGAUAGAGUUCAAAAUCGCAAAGAAUUAAUUGAAAUUUUAAAAGAGAGAUUCCAAGAACAUACAACUGAACAUUGGUUAUUGGUUUUUGAAAAAAAUAAACAUUCUAUUCCAUUUUCAUCGAUUAAUAACAUUCAUAAAACUUUUCAACAUCCUCAAAUUGUUGCUCGUAAAAUGGUUCAAGAAGUUGAGCACCCAAAAGCUGGAAAAAUCAAAUUAACAGGUGCACCAGUUAAAUAUAGUGGUUAUAAACCAACAAUAAGAUUACCACCUCCAAUCCUUGGUCAACAUACACAUGAAGAAUUUAUUCGUCGUGAUUAG